AUGUCCUUCAGAGGAACUCCGCGCGGUCGCGGAGGUUUUGGUGGCCGGGGUGGUGGCCGCGGCGGCUUCCAACAACGCGACUUCGGCCCACCAUCCGAGGUGCAAGAGAUGGGCAAGUUUCUUCACGCCUGCGAAGGCGAGAUGGUCUGCGAGAGCAUCAACCCCCGGGUCCCCCAGUUCAACGCCAUCAUGUACCUCGAGAACAAGACCUCGGUCGGCAAGAUAGACGAGGUCCUCGGCCCCAUCAACCAGCUCUUCUUCACCAUAAAGCCCUCUGAGGGAAUCCAGGCCUCCAGCUUCAAGCCCGGCGACAAGUUCUACAUCGACGGCAUGAAGACCCUGACCAUGGACCGCUUCCUGCCCAAGCCCAAGCCAUUGGCCGGCCUGCCCAAGGUCAAGAAGCCCAGUCGCGGUGGCGGUGGCGGAUUCGGUGGACGAGGUGGUGCGAGAGGCAGGGGAGGCCGUGGAGGUUUCGGAGACCGUGGUGGCCGUGGAGGGUCAAGGGGAGGCAGCUUUGGAGGCCGGGGCGGUGGCCGUGGGGGCGGUGGUGGCUUCGGUGGACGCGGUAACUCGGGCUCAGGUGGUUUCUCACGAGGCGGCGGACGUGGUCGGGGCGGCUUCAGCAGGGGACGCGGUUAG